CAAUAUAAAAACUUAGUAAAACAUAUACAGCCGUUAUUGUAUUUUUACGCGAACCGCAGAGAGGCGUGCACGGCGUCGUCGCUUACCAGCACGUUAUUUACACAAAUAUUCUGAUCGUAGCAUUUUUUUGCUGAUUUUUUGGAGUCAAGAUGCCCAAAAGAAAGGCUGAUGGUGACAAAGCCGCCAAAGGCAAGGAGGAGCCAACAAGACGCUCUGCAAGAUUGUCUGCUAAACCAGCUCCCCCUAAAGCAGAACCAAAGCCCAAAAAAGCUGCACCUAAGAAGCCCGCCAAGGGGAAGAAGGGCAGCAACCCUGCUGAAAAUGGAGAUGCCAAGGCAGACCAGGCACAAAAGGUUGACGCUGCUGCUGAUGCUAAAUGAAAAGCUGAUGAGUGUCUGAUCCUUCUAUGUACUUGGUGACUGUACAGUUUGAAAUAACUAUUUUUUACCAAGUUUUAUAUUAAGAAUAACAUUUAUAGUUGACUUGCUUUUUGAUGUACUGAUUGAUUUGACACAAGUUACUAUGUUUCAUUCAUGUCCAUUCGUAUCCCAUUUUUAGAAUCAAGCCGUCUUUAUCUUGCCAAAUAUGGUUUCCACAUUCGUUAAAUCGGUGUUUAAAACGGUAAAAUGCACCAAUUUUGUCCUUAGCUUGUGUGUUUCCUUUACUUUCUUUUUCUUUGGAUUUUAAACACCAAAACAUUCUCAAAAGGCAGCUUAAGAGUGUUUCUAAAAUGUUGUGAGAAGGGUUUUCACCAUGUUGUUAGCAUUUAAUCUUACAAAUACUGUUUUAAUUUUUACUUUUUUUUAAGGACGUUACAAUGAAAUUGUCACAAAAAAAAAAUAAAAAAUACACAAAAAAAUUUGAUAAAUGAUGAAUAAAUUGACAAUGUGAACUUAAAAUUUCCUUAGAGGUGUGUUAGAAUUUGUCUUCUUUUUUUUUUUAAUUAAGUUAUGUUCUGAAACAGUGGAAGGAUAUUCAGUGACUGUGCAAAGCGCUUUGUUUUAAAUGGUUUUGAAUAAAAAAAAACUGUCCAGAAAAA